AUGGCCGAUCAGAAGCAGCGUGACAAGUGCCUCCGCGAGGUGGAAAUCAUGAAGAAGCUCAGCCACCCGCACAUCAUCCAGUUCAUCGAUUCCUUCAUCCACAACAACGAGCUCAUCAUCGUCACCGAAUGGGCCGAACGCGGAGACCUCAAGAAACUCAUCAAGGAUAAGGAAAGCGAGGAUUUGCAAUUCGACGAACCCACCAUUUGGGACUUCAUGAAACAGAUCGCCAGCGCGCUCCAGCACAUGCACGACAAACGCAUCAUGCACCGUGAUCUCAAGCCUGCCAACAUCUUCAUCUCCAAUGACGGAUCCCUCAAGAUUGGCGACCUUGGACUCGGCCGAAGCUUCAGCUCUGAGACCCUUGAGGCCUAUUCGAAGGUGGGCACGCCGCUUUAUAUGUCUCCAGAGCUCAUCCAGGAUUCAGGGUAUACGUAGAAUGCUGAUGUUUGGUCGUUGGGAUGCAUUUGCUACGAGCUGGCUGAGCUCAAGUCUCCUUUCCGCAACAAGGAGGAGAAGAUGUCUUUGAUGGAUCUUUUCGACAACAUCACAAAGUGUAACUACCGGCCUAUCGAUGCUCGUUUUUCGCCUCAGCUCAAGGAAGCCAUCCGCAACAUGAUCGUGGUUGAUCCUACUAAGAGAUGGUCAUCUGAGCAAGUCUACAACUAUGCCACCAAGUGCCUGGAAGAGGUGAGAAAGCCACUCCUCGAUCCCAUCAUCGCUAUGGACGAUAUUUCCAUCAAGCUUCACCUCCUCAACUACGAGUCAGACUUCUGCAGAGCAGCUGAAAGAAAGCCAUUCCACAAGCUGUACUUUGCUCUUCAGGACCAGCAGCAAAAGGAAGAAAACUAUCAACUUUUUUACUUCCUUGAGCUGGCAUAUUGGAUAAUGGCUCUCUCCAAGCCGGAGAAAAAGAAGGACAAGCUCGCCAUCUACACGAAGACUUUGAUCGACUGGUCGUCUCCUGAUUCUGCUUGCGAGAAGCUGCUUGCCGAUCUUGCGGGUUACGGGGUGAAGCUGUAG